AUGGCACGCGGCAAAAACAAAGGUUUAAACGCCACCGCGGCCAACAUUCGCCAUAUCAAAGAAUAUGUAGGGCUAACGGACACCUACGAUGUUGUCCCAAGACGUCCUCGACUUCCAGAGAAGAAUCGGGUAGAAAAUCUAGGGAUCACAUCACCACUCUUCCUAUCCCACAUGACAGUCGCUUGCCAAUUGCAGCAAGUCAACCAAGCGCUUCGCAUGCUGAGCUACAAAAUGCAAUCACCCCGGCCGCAAGACAACAUUAGGGAGCCAGGAACACGAACCAGACGCGGCCAUCAAUCGAACGAGCCACUCAAGAUCUGCUGUCCUCAAGGUAGUUCGAGGUCCCUCAAACCGGACAAGCAAAAUGCUAGAGGUGCCGACGAGCUAGACAAAGAGGAUGAAGAUGAGACAGAAGAAGACCUGGAGGAGAACGAAUCGAAGGACGAACCGGACGAGCCGGGGGGCCUGGAGGACGCACUGAACGAACCAGAGGAGCCGGAGGAUCUGGAGGACGCGCCGUACAAACCAGGGGGACGAGGGCAGCGAGGCGGAUAA